AUGGAUAUUCCACAGUUCAGUUUCGAGAUCAGGCGCAUGAAAAUCGCGGAGAAAAGCGAAAGUGUCCCGAUGACCAAGCCAUCAAUCGAAGCUCUCCUUCAAUCAUUAAGGUUCAAUCAAAUUGAUGCUCGUCAUGACAAUAUCAAGAAGGCUCAUAGGAAAACAUGCAAAUGGAUCAUCAAGAGAGCCGAGUAUCUUGACUGGCUGAAUCCCAACAAGGUCGAUGAACAUCAUGGCUUUUUAUGGAUCAAAGGAAAGCCAGGGGCAGGAAAGUCCACUUUGAUGAAGUUCAUUCUCAGCAAUGCCCGACGAAGUAUGAAAGACAAAAUCAUCAUCUCUUUCUUCUUCAAUGCACGGGGAGAACAGCUCGAGAAGUCCACCACUGGCAUGUACAGGUCCCUGUUACUUCAAAUUCUCCAACAGCUUCCGACGCUCCAUAGUGCGCUGGAUCCUGCACUGGUCUUGGGGAUAGGUGAGAACCACGAAUGGAACAUUGAGGCACUGAGAGCAUUAUUUGAGCAGACUGUGGAGAGCCUUGGGAGUUUUUCUGUGGUUGUUUUUAUUGACGCAUUGGAUGAAUGCGACGAGUCAGAAAUCCGAGCCAUGGUAUCGUCAUUCAAGAGUUUGGGUGACUUGAGCGCCGCCGAAGGAAUCAGUUUCCAGGUAUGCUUGGCAAGCAGACAUUAUCCUCAUAUCACGAUGCCAAAGAAGAUUGAACUAGUUCUGGAAGGACAAGAAGGACAUGAGCAGGACAUCAUUUCCUAUCUUGACAGCGAGUUGGAAAUCGGAGACAGCAAGCUCGCUCAAGAGGUUAGGUCUCAGAUCAAAGAAAAGGCGUCCGGUGUCUUUAUGUGGGUUGUGCUUGUCGCUGGCAUUUUACAGCAAAAGUACGAUCAAGGGCGUAUACACACUCUGAAACAAACACUUCGAGAGAUUCCAGGAGAUCUUCACGAGCUAUUUCGAGAUAUUCUUACGCGAGAUGAUGUCAACAAGGAUGAAUUGCUGCUAUGCAUCCAAUGGGUUCUUUUCGCACGAAAUCCGCUCAAGCCAGAACAACUUUAUUUCGCGAUUCGCUCACACGCCGAAUGCAGCAUUUGUAAGUGGGAUCGAGACGAAAUUGGAGAAGCUGCCAUUGGUAACUUCAUUUUGAGCUCCUCUAAAGGCCUUGCUGAAGUCACGCGGGUGAAAAAGGACCCUACAGUUCAAUUCAUUCAUGAGUCAGUCAGAGAUUUUCUGCUCAAAGAAAAUGGCCUCAGAGUCAUCCUGGAGACGGGAGGGGAUAUUGGUGCAGAGAUUCAUGAUCAGUUGAAGAGGUGUUGCUACAAGUAUACGCAAUCUUACACGGAAGAGAAUGGCUUACCAGAAAGUGAUUCUAAGGAUCAUCUCUCCGAAGCCUGUGUUGUCGCAGACCUCGAGUUUCCUUUUCUGCGGUAUGCCGUACAGAAUGUUCUUUAUCAUGCAAAUGCAGCAGAAGAGGGACAUAUUAGCCAGACCAAGUUCUUGGAAACCUUCCAACUUGCAAGAUGGAUUCAACACAAUAAUGUCUUCCAGGACAAAGAUGUGCGUCGACAUACCACCAGUGCAAGCCUUUUAUACCUCCUAGCUGAAUAUGGCUUUGGGAGCCUCAUAGAGAGCCACCAACAAAAUCAGUCCUGCUUUGACAUCGAAGGUGAGCGAUAUGGCGCUCCUAUCCUUGCAGCAAUGGCUGCGGGUAUCCGACCCACAAUCUGGAGGCUUCUCAAAAGGGAGAUACGUGAAGAGCCUGCGACUUCACAUUUACACUCCUUAUGCAAUGAAUACGACAUCGAAAAGAAAGUAAAGCACGGACUUGGGCGCAACUUCAAAUUUAACCCAAAAUCAGGUCUUCUUUACUAUGUCUUACGAGAUGGCGACCUCAUUGCGGCUUCAGUAGCUAUUGCUUCCUCCAAGCCAUACACACAAAUAAACUUCCGAACUUCCCGUGGCGAGACACCAUUUUCAGUUGCCAAUCAGCAUAGUCAUGAUAUUUCUGUUCCGUUUCGAUUCCUGCUUGAGAAUGGAGCCGACGUUGAAAACGGAGAUGAGCUCCGGCGGACACCGCUUUGUCUUGCUGCUGCAAAUGGAAACACCGCUGCUGUAGGUCUCCUACUUGAAAAAGGCGCUAAUAUUGAACAUACUUGCAGUGGCGGCAAGACACCACUUAUGUAUGCUGCAGCUGAAGGCACCGAAGAAUGCAUGCGAUUGCUGCUCUCGGGCGGAGCAAGUGUUGCUGUAACGGAUAACAGGCUACAAACAGCACUUUUCGGGGCCGUAUGUAGCCAAAUCGAGUCCGAAGCCAAGGUGCAUUUGCUAAUUGGCCAGGGCGUCGAUGUUUCCGCAACUGACAACGAUGGUUACACAGCCCUGACGUGGUCGUUGAAGCAAGGGAAGGCCACGAAAUCAAUUGUACAGAUGUUGCUCUCUCGGGGCGAUACAGUCAAGAGAACCGAUCUAUUGGGAAGAACGCCAUUGAUGUUUGCUUUGAACAACGACCUUUCAAUCAUGAAGCAGCUUAUAGAUGAGGGUGGCGACAUUAAUGCAAUUGACACUCGAGGGCAGAGCGCCCUGUUACUAGCAGUCAGGUUCAAGUUAGAGGGUCAUGCACGCAUUUUAAUAGAUAGCGGCGCCUGUACUGAUAUCUCGGACACAUACAACCAACGCACAGCUCUCUCGUACGCUGUUAGCACGCAGUAUUACGAUACCCACACCGCCCCACCAGGCCAACCAGAUAUAGCGUUAUCAUUUCAUGGUCACUAUCUGCCUCCAAGCAUAGCAGAAGCGCUUCUGGUUCAGGGUGCGAAAGUUGAUAAAGACGAUAUAAAUGGUAGAACGCCACUAUCACAUGCAGCAGAUAUUGGUGGCAGUGCAGACUUUGUCUCGCUAUUGCUUUCCCAUGGGGCUACUAAGUUCUUGCUUUCUCAUGGGGCAGAUGUUCAUCACGCAGAUAACAGUGGCAGGACGCCGCUCUCAUAUGCGGUUGAUCAUAACUAUAUGGCUACUAAGUUACUGCUUGACCAUGGGGCAGAUGUUCAUCACGCAGAUAACAGUGGCAGGACGCCGCUCUCAUAUGUUGCUUCGAGCGGUCACAUCCAUGCUGUGCAUAUUGCGCGUCUUCUUCUAGAUCGAGGAGCAAUUCCUGAUAAGGUUGAUAAAGCUGAAAAGACCGCUCUUUCAUAUGCUACGACUGACGAAAUGCGGGACUUGCUAUCGAAAUACCCUUAG